GUGUCCUAAGGGCACAGUCCUGUCUGUGAAUCUCCGAUGACCCCGAAGCCCCAUCACCUUAUAAGGCUUAUCCUUCUGAGGUUGAUGUCCCCACUGCCACUGCUCAGACAGAGGGAGAGAGAUGGAGAGAGAGACAAAGAGAGAGGGAGAGAAAGGGAAGCCCCAGUCUGGAGUGAGGGCGUGGAGAGAGAAUCACCGGAGAGAUGGAGAUAAGACAGCAACAAGGACUCCCCAACACCCAGACACACAAUGACACAAAUACUCACCACACCACCACCACCUUCAGCUGCCUGGCUUCCGGGGGAGGGACAAUUGUCUUACGGCUUUCCAUGACGUGAGUCCUCCGCGAGGGCUAGGGCUGUGGGUGAGGCGACAUUUCCUGCCCCCGGGGGCUGGGGUGAAAGGAGAGAUGAAUCGCUGAGUGUGCACACCUUUUGAGAGCCCAGACACACACCCUGCUCCAGGGGCUCCUUUCCUAGGCUGCCCCCAUGGAGUUCCCCCUGGCCCAGAUAUGCCCUCAAGGGAGUCAAGAAGCCCCCACCAUAACCUUCAGCACCUUCCAGCCCAUAGACUUGAACCGCAGGAGCUGCCAGAGCCUGGGCUUGCUGCCGGGACCCAGACUCCAGGCCCUGAAGGCCCAGGAAGCCCAGCCCAGCCCCAGGGCCUCCGCUGUGCACCCUGCGGCACCUCCCCAGGCCCCAGGGGCUGCCUGCAGCCCAAAGGAUAUUGGGAAGGAAGAGGUGCCUAGGGAAGGAGGCAUGUCCCUGCAGGCUGAGACUCAGGCUUGGUUCCAGAAGACCCAGGCCCAUGAGCUCCUGCAGCAUGGGGCAGCCCCUGCUUGGUUCCACGGCUUCAUCACCCGGAGAGAGGCUGAGAGGCUGCUAGAGAGCAAGCCUCAGGGAUGCUACUUGGUGCGUUUCAGUGAGAGCGCCGUGACCUUUGUGCUGACUUACAGGAGCCGGACUUGCUGCCGCCACUUCCUGCUGGCCCAACUCGGGGACGGGCGCCACGUGGUGCUGGGCGAGGACAGCGCCCACGCGCGGCUGCAGGACCUGCUGCGGCACUACCAGGCGUGCCCGCUGAGCCCCUACGGGGAGACGCUCACCGAGCCCCUCGCCCGCCAGACUCCUGAGCCCGCAGGACUGUCCCUAAGGACUGAAGAAUCAGACUCUGGAAGCAAAAGCCAGGUCUCACAACCUCAGUAUACCUCAAUCCUCAAAAAAGAGCAAAGCGCAGCCCCCACGCAGAAAGAUGGGGCGGGGGGGCCAAAGCAGACGUCCCAGCCGCCCAAGCCCAAGCCUCCCAUCCCCGCCAAGCCUCAGCUGCCUCCCGAAGUCUACACAAGCCCCGCUCCGAGACCCCGCCCAACCCCGCCCCCCAAGCCCUCCAACCCCAUCUACCACGAACCUGAUGAACCCAUAGACUUCUAUGCCAUGGGCCGUGGCAGCCCCGGGGAAGGCCCCAGCAACAUUUAUGCCGAAGUGGAGGUGAAGGUGCCUGAUUCAGGGUGUGAGGGCCCGCCGUGCAUCCUCAGGCACGAAGUCCUACGGAAGUGCCAGUCCAGGCCUGUCCCAGGAAGCCAGAAUCCAGGUGGCCAACAACUGCAUUCUGAGAACUCUGUGGCUGAACAAGGCCCUGCUGUGCCCCACAAGCCCCUACCCCGCUGGGGGCACACCCUCCCCCACAACCUUUCUAGACAGGUGCUUCAGAACAGAGGUCAGGCGUGGCUCCCCCUGGGUCCUCCUCAGUAGCUGCUGAGUCUGAGCUGGGGUGGGGUGGGGGUGGGGGAUAACUUGGAACAGCGGGUCCAGAGACCUUCACACACACCCAGGCGCCCUUCUCACAAAAUGUGGAUGGAACAAACUGUAGAUGAUCAAAGCUGGAAAGGACUUCAGCCAUCAUCCAUUGCAAAGAUGGCAAAAAGGUGUCACCUCGCAUGCCAACUCCAAUCCAUUCAUUGUGGCUGCCUAGAGCGCUGCAAUGGAAAGGAUGUUGAGGUCAUAUCUGAACUCAGCAGAAAAGAACUCUGUGAUUGAUUAGUGAUGUCUGCCACGGGUGAGAGAAGGAAGAGGAUCAGCAUCUCCUUUGCUCUUACUGAUCAAGUUCGACUCCCUCACUGUGCAGAUAAGGAAACAAAACCAGAGAGGGAUAGUGGCUUAGUCAAGGUCAAGGACUAGAACCCCAGCUUCCUGUUUAGUGCUCUGUUCCAUACCCCACAUCCACUAACUCUUUACCACAGGAAAUGUCAGAGAUUUCCUCAGGAAAUCUGGCUGCUUUCCAGAGUUCUGCCUCAUGGGGGCCCGGGUGCUUGUUCCCCUCCUCCAGAUCCCAGCUUACCCCUGUUCCCCUAACUGGUCUGGGGCCCCACAAAGAAGCCUGGAGGUCAGAGGAGCAAAUGUGGAGUCGGCUUCCUUUUAGGGACACACUCACUUGUUCCCCCCCAAGAGUCUCCAAGAACCCAAUGGCUCAGUGCUUGCCUCUAAGGAAGUGGGCUAGGAGGGCCCUGCUGCAGCCCGCUGCCCUGGUUUCUCCUCCUGGAGUCUGAUUUCCUUGGCCCUCUGAGCCUUUGAGUCUGGGCCCUGGUCCAAUGCUGCUGUUGUCUGAGGAACAGUUUGGCGAGAACAGAUGUUAGAACUUGUUUGUUGAUUCUUGUCUGGCUAAUAAAUCAUCGCCAACCACCUCCCCCAACAGGGA